UUCAGAACAGAAUCUCCAUUAGGUUGUAUACUUUGUGUCAUUCCCUCCACAUUUAAGAAUUCACUUGAACCUCGAAAGCAACAGGACUUGUUCCAUUCCGAAGCUGAAUUAAUGAGGGUCUCCAUUGUUUUCCAUCAAUCUUGAUUCUGCGCACUCACUUGGUUAAUUUUUGUUUGGUGUGUUGUCUUUCUUACGAUAGGAUGCAACUCAAUUGUUUUUGAUUUUUGUGGUGUCGAUAUUAUUUGUUCAUCCCUAUAUUUGGUAGGAUAGUAUAUAUUUGUUUAUAGUUUUGUCAUUUCAUUGGACUUCUGUUUCAGAUUCUGGUUUCCCAUCUGACGCCCAGUGGGUGGCUCUUUUUGAUUAUGUGGAAAAUGACGGAGAGAUGCUCAAGGGCAUUUACCUCAAUCCAGGAGGGAAGAAUAGAAUGCUAAAGAAAUGGUCGUCCUUAGCCAUAAUUGGCUGAGCGAUUAGCGAAGCCUAUUACUCCGUCUGUCUGUCUGUCUGUGUGUCUGUGUGUCUGUCUGUCCGCACGAUAACUCGAGAACGAAUUGAGUGAGCGACAUGGGAUUUUCAGGGUCGUUUUGUGUCAUAAAAAGACAGAUCGAGUUCGAAGAUGAGCAUUCUAGCUCAAAAAUUGGAUUUUUAAAAAAUCAAAAACCACAGGUCCCAAAAAUGACUGUUUUUAAAAAUCUUUUUUUUCUGGUUUCCUAGAGGGUAACUCAUCAAAGUAGAGCCCUUUGGGCGAAAAUUUUGUCCGUUUUGCUCUAGCUCCAACCAUUUAGACGCUAGAGGGUAUUUUUGACGAAAAUAAGCGAAAAAAUGUACAACCAUGCAUGCUUAGUCUAAGUGACGGGGUUGACGGGCCGGAGGCCCGAAUCUUUGAGUACAUUUUUGCUCUACCCGACUCGGGUGUUAGCGCCGCAGGCCAAGGUAGAUGUAUGCCAGGCGCGUCGCAGCGUAACAGUGUUUCGUGAGAUAUCGCGAAGCCUGUUACGCGAGACGUUGGUCUGGCGUACAUCUACCUUGUAGUGAAUGGCGUAGAUGGUGCCACAGCCAAGAAAGAUGCGAGGCAGUGGAAGGCUGUAAGUGACCUGUUUGUCCUCUGAAAUUUACUUGGUAAUUUGUGUGACCUCACUUAUAUUUCUUUGCAGGCAUGGAAUGGAAUGAAGAGCAGAGGACGGGCAGCUUACAGAAAAUUCAUCAAGCCCUAUUUAGAUGCUGGUAGGCCCCUGCCAGACUUGAAUGAAAUUACGUUCGCAAAUGCUCACCACAAAACAGUGAUUCAAAUGACCGGAGUGGGGGCAGCCCUCAAUGGUGUGCAAUUGGCUCAUGCGAAUAUUGAUGACCCUGCCAAUGAAACAGACAUAGCCCAGGCCGCAGACGCAGCUAUCCCGGUCCCUGAUGCAGAUCAACUGCUCGCUCAAUUCAUGUUACAUGGAGCGGAACCCCUGCUCACCCUCCCCUAGCUGUUGGAGAGGUUUUACCUGCACCACCUGUUGUCCAAGCUGCACCACCUGCUGUCCAAGCUGCACCACCUGUUGUGCAAGCUGCACCACCAGUUGUGGAAGCUGCACCACCAGUUGUGGAAGCUGCACCACCAGUUGUGGAAGCUGCACCACCAGUUGUGGAAGCUGCACCACCAGUUGUGGAAGCGGCACCACCAGUUGUGCAACCUGAACAGCAAGAUUUCCUCAAGGUGUACCAACUCCUCCCUGAUGGAAAGAUGAUAGAACUGUCAAACUCUGAUUUAUUUGAUGAGUCCGUGUUCACCCCAAACACA